AUGAAGUCAUCGAUCGCAAGGACUGAGAAAUUUGGGGAAAAAUUCAAUCUUGGAUUCAAUCCCUUUUAUUCGAUUUGCUGGAUUGAGUCCGGGAUUGAGUCCGGGAUUAAAUACGGGAUUGAGUACAGGAUUGAAUCUGGGAUUGAGUCCGGGAUUGAGUGUUCUGCCAGUGGCUUCCGGUGGUAUUCACGUUUGGCAUAUGCCUGCUCUGACCCUCUUUCCCGAAGAGAGCUCCAACCAAUAGAUGAGAUUAAAGACGCUAACAUAACAGGGGCUGGAGACAUAUCUUUAUUUAAGAACCAAGAACGGGAUAUUCGCAUUAGCGGAAGGGAGGAGAGCGAAGAGAUGAKCACUUUUCAAGCAGCUUUCCUUAACGAAGUCAUCUAUGUGACCAAUGCACGCUUCAAAGAAAGCAGGGAUGCUCGCCCUUGUCGGGGGGUCGAUCUUGAUUUUAUUACUCAGGGUGCUUCAGAUCAGGUUCUUGAGCUGAACAUGCUUCGGGACAUCGACCCUAUGGUCAGAAUCUUCAAUCUGGAAGCUCGGGACCCUAUGGAUGAAGACAUGGUCUCUUUGGAUCCCAUUGAAUUUCAUUCGGAGGAGGAACCUUAUAAAGAUCGUAUUGAUUCUUAUCAAAGAAACACAGGAUUAACCUCUCAUUAG